CACGCGUCCUCUCCUCUCUCUUCCCACUUAUAAAUUCACCACCUCUCCCUUUAGCUUCUCUCUGCAUUCAUAAUUUUCACCUUACUUUUCUUCAACAUUAACAAAAUCCCAAAAUCAAGAGAUAUACUCUGGUAUAUUUCUCCUUUGAGAUUGGACUAACUUUAAGAGUGAAACGGAAAAAAGGAAAUGGAUGGUAGAGGAGGGUGUUGUAUUGCUAGGUACGCAGGGGGUGGUGCGUACGAUAUGUCAAAAGUGGACCGGAUUAUGCUCAGAUUCAGACCCAUCGCUCCUAAACCAGCCGCUGGUGGGUCUGUUUCCGGUGCUUCUACUCCGCCACAAAAGACUGAGGUUCCUGUUCGUACGGGUCGGUGGAAACGAAGGUACGUCAAAGAUAAUAAAAGUAGUACUAGUAGCUCUAACAAGAGGUCUAGUAGUGGAAGUCGUAGUCCUGCUGGUCGAAAAAGGAAGGCACCUUCGCCUGAGGAAAAUGAGUCCAACGGUAAGACUGUAUCUGGUGGUACAGUUUCUGGGGGCCAAGCGGUAGUUACCUUACCCUUAUUAUCCGAGUCUCCUGAAAGGAAGGGUUCUCCUGUCGAUCAUUCAGUAGGUUUUGUGAUAAAACCAGAAAAAUAUGCUCCGAUAUGGUUAAACUUUGGUAGCCAAGGGAAUAAUAAUAAUGAUAAUAGUCUGUUGCAGGGUUACGGAGGGGUUGGUAUGGAUCGUUCAGUAGUGAUGUUGCCUCAGCCAGUAAGGGUAGUGGGGUCAUGGGUAAAGGUGGAAAGCGUGACUGACGCGUGGGCGGAAGGGUAUGGGCUAGGACGUACGGAUGAGGACAAACUGGUGAAUCUAGAGCGGGACAGCUGUCCAGGGUUUGUAUCAGACGGUUUAAACAGAGUUAGGUGGGCCAAUAGGGCGUACAAGGAGAUGGUAAGUGAGGGAGGCGUAGCAGAGGGGGAAGUUGUUGUUUGGCUGGUGAUGAAAGAAGAUCUACGGCUGCCGGAAAGCAAAAACACGGCGGCGUUCACGUGCCGGGUUAGGGUUAUCAAAAGCGGGAAGGAGAAAAACUCACUGAUUCUGCCGUGUGAUGUGUGGAGAAUGGACGGCGGAGGAUAUGCAUGGAGGUUGGAUACAAAGGCAGCUCUCUCUUUGGGCCGGUAGGUAAAAGUAAUAUCAACUCAACCUAAAGGGUAAAAGAGUAAAUCUAUGCGCCAUCCAACAAUACAGUUGCCAACUUGCGCUUGAGUACGUACACGAAAUAGCAGGGCAUGCAACGCACGGAUGAACUGCAUGCUUCUCUAUCAAAAGGAAAUUGUAAAUAUUUUUAAUAACUUUUUUAGUAGGGGUGGUGGGAAUUGGGCGUUCUCACUUUUAUAUAUCUUGUUUUUUCAAGGGGGUUUGGGUGGUGGCAGAUCUAGUUCUGCUGUUUGAAAGGGAUUUGUUUAAAAUACUAGUACUACUACUAAUUGGAACCAUGACAAGAGAUGGUAUUGUAACUAAUCUGACCUGGGUUGGUUUUGCUCUUCUAACAUAAGAUCCUUUUUAUGUUUAAUUUGUUGUA